AUGAGCUCGCCAAUUGUUCUUGAUCAAGGUACAGGGUUUGUAAAGAUUGGGAGAGCUGGUACAAACUUUCCAGAUUAUACGUUUCCCUCAAUGGUAGGUAGACCUAUAUUAAGAGCAGAGGAAAGAAACUUGCUAGUGCCAGAUGACAUUGAAAUCAAAGAUAUAAUGUGUGGGUCUGAAGCAAGUCAAGUAAGAUCAUUAUUACAAAUCAAUUAUCCUAUGGAAAAUGGUAUUAUUAAGAAUUGGGAAGAUAUGGAACAUUUAUGGGAUUAUGCAUUUUAUGAUAAAAUGAAAAUAAACCCUCAAGGUCAAAAAAUAUUAUUAACUGAACCUCCAAUGAAUCCCUUGAAAAACCGAGAAAUGAUGUGUCAAGUUAUGUUUGAGAAAUAUGGUUUUGGAGGUGUUUACGUAGCAAUACAGGCGGUAUUGGCAUUAUAUGCUCAAGGUUUAAGUUCCGGGGUUGUUGUUGAUUCAGGUGAUGGUGUCACUCACAUUGUGCCAGUGUAUGAAUCAGUAGUUUUGAAUCAUUUAACUAAAAGAUUAGAUGUUGCAGGUAGAGACGUGACAAGACAUUUAAUAAAUUUAUUAUUUCGAAGAGGUUAUGCUUUCAAUAGAACUGCUGAUUUUGAAACAGUACGUCAAAUCAAAGAGAAAUUGUGUUAUGUAAGUUACGAUUUAGGAUUUGAUGCGAAAUUAGCUAAUGAAACCACCACUUUAGUUGAAUCAUAUGAAUUACCAGAUGGAAGAGUUAUAAAAGUUGGAAGUGAAAGAUUCGAAGCUCCAGAAUGUUUGUUCCAACCUCAUUUGGUGGAUGUAGAACAACCAGGAGUUGGAGAAACCUUAUUCAAUACUAUACAAGCUGCUGAUGUGGACGUUAGAUCUUCACUUUAUAAAGCUAUUGUUUUAUCAGGUGGUUCAUCAAUGUAUCCAGGAUUACCUUCAAGAUUAGAAAAAGAAUUAAAACAACUAUGGUUAACUAAAGUAUUACAUGGAGAUCCAACGAGGUUAGAUAAAUUUAAAGUAAGGAUUGAAGAUCCACCAAGAAGAAAACAUAUGGUAUUCAUUGGUGGUGCUGUUCUAGCUAAUAUAAUGGCAGAUAAAGAUCAUAUGUGGAUAUCGAAGCAAGAAUGGGAAGAACAAGGACCAAGAGUAUUAGAAAAAUUAGGGCCUAGGUAA